AUGGGUUGUGGAAUGAGUACCGAGGAUAAGGAGGGCAAGGCCCGCAACGAGGAGAUUGAGAACCAGCUCAAAAGGGACAAGAUGAUGCAGCGGAAUGAGAUCAAGAUGCUUUUGCUCGGAGCUGGUGAGUCCGGCAAGUCGACGAUUCUGAAGCAGAUGAAGCUCAUCCAUGAGGGUGGGUACUCGCGCGAUGAGCGGGAAUCCUUCAAGGAAAUCAUCUACAGCAACACUGUCCAGUCGAUGCGCGUCAUUUUGGAGGCCAUGGAGUCGCUGGAACUUCCCCUGGAAGACGCUCGCAACGAGUACCACGUUCAGACCAUCUUCAUGCAACCUGCUCAGAUUGAGGGAGACAGCCUACCCCCAGAGGUCGGAAACGCCAUUGGUGCUCUUUGGCGUGAUACUGGUGUUCAGGAGUGCUUCAAGCGUUCUCGCGAGUACCAAUUGAACGAUUCCGCCAAAUACUACUUCGAUGCGAUCGAUCGUAUCGCUCAGCCCGACUACCUUCCCACCGACCAGGAUGUUCUGCGCUCUCGAGUCAAGACCACUGGUAUCACAGAGACAACCUUCAUCAUCGGUGACUUGACCUACCGAAUGUUCGAUGUCGGUGGUCAGCGUUCGGAACGUAAGAAGUGGAUUCACUGCUUCGAGAACGUGACGACAAUUCUUUUCCUGGUCGCCAUCUCGGAGUACGAUCAGCUGUUGUUCGAAGAUGAGACCGUCAACCGUAUGCAGGAAGCGCUCACCCUGUUCGACUCGAUUUGCAACUCGCGGUGGUUCGUCAAGACCUCUAUCAUUUUGUUCCUGAACAAGAUCGAUCGAUUCAAGGAGAAGCUGCCUGUCAGCCCCAUGAAGAACUACUUCCCCGAUUAUGAGGGCGGUGCCGACUACGCCGCGGCCUGCGAUUAUAUCCUGAACCGCUUCGUAUCACUCAACCAGGCCGAGCAAAAACAGAUCUACACUCACUUCACAUGCGCCACCGAUACUACACAAAUUCGAUUCGUCAUGGCGGCUGUAAACGAUAUCAUCAUCCAAGAGAACCUCAGACUCUGUGGUCUGAUUUAA